GGCUGGGGCAGGCUCCGCCGGGCAAGGCGCUGGUUGGGCCCGCAGCAGCAGCGGGAGGAGCCCGGGGCCGCCGCCCGAGCGCAGGCUCACUGAGGUGUCCGGAGACAGGCUCUGUGGGAGAGCCGGUCUCCUAGUCACAGCUCCGUGUUCUUUCGUGUAGGCCAAUCACCGCCGCCAUGGCGCGGGUGCUGAUCGUGGGCGCCGGGCCGACCGGCAGCCUGUGCGCUGCGCUGCUGCGGAGAGAGCUGCCCCAGCGCCCGCUGCGCAUCGUGCUGUGGGACAAAGCCCGAGGAGCAGGAGGAAGAAUGACUACAAGCAGGAGCCCACAUAACCCUCGCUGUACAGCGGAUCUGGGAGCACAGUACAUAACGCUUAGACCCGCCUAUGCCCAAAAGCAUCAAAGCUUCUACGAGGACCUUUUGGCCCAUGGUGUGUUGAAGCCAUUGACUGCCCCUGUGGAAGGAAUGGUGAUGGAAGAAGGAUCUCACAAUUUUGUGACACCUCAGGGAAUCUCUUCAAUUGUCAAGCAUUAUUUAACAGAGUCAGCAGGUGCAGAUGUCUUCUAUGAACACCAUGUAACACAGAUCUACCUCAGAGGGGGGAAAUGGGAGGUCUGCAAGAAAACAGGAUCCCCAGAACAGUUUGAUAUAGUUGUUCUCACAAUACCUGUUCCACAGAUUCUUCAACUUCAAGGUGACAUUGUGAACAUAAUUAAGGAAAGUCAAAAGCAGCAACUGGAAUCUGUGAGCUACUCCUCUCGUUACGCUCUGGGACUCUUUUAUGAAGCUGGCACAUGGAUUGAUGUUCCCUGGGCUGCACAGUACAUCACCAAUAAUCCCUGCAUACGCUUCAUCUCCAUCGAUAAUAAGAAGCGCAAUAUAGAGUCUUCUGAAUUUGGGCCAUCUGUUGUUGUGCACACCAGUGUACCAUUUGGAACUGCACAUCUAGAAUGGGAUAAGGAAAAGGUGCAGCCGAUAAUCCUGGAUCAUCUGGAAAAUAUUAUGCCAGGUCUGCCUAAACCAACUAGCAUCAAGUGCCAGAAGUGGAGAUACUCUCAGGUUACAAAAGCCAUCCCCAGUUGUCCAGGACAAAUGACUCUUCACAUCAAACCUCUCCUGGUGUGUGGGGGCGAUGGAUUUACUCAUUCCAACUUUGAUGGGUGCAUAGAUUCUGCCAUAUGUAUUGUCGAGGCUUUAAAGACUAAUUUAUAAAGCGGUCUACAUAUAGUUUUAGUUUUAUGGUGAAAUUUACGGCCUACAUUUUACAUUAGAAAAAAACAUCAAAAAUUGCUUAUAUCUGUUUGAAUGGAAAUAAAUGUUGAGGACCCCGGUACGUAUUUUGCUAUUCUACUAUAAAGGAAACUCUUCUGAUGGCCUGAUUCCACUAUCUUUUUGCCCAUUGAUUUCAUCUGGUAUUACAAGCUGAAAGGGUAAAAGAUGCUUUUGAAAUGUCAUAUGGGGCAACGCAGUACCUUUAAAAAGGCCCCUAGGUAUGUCUGAAAAUUUUACCCUAGGAAUACACACUAUUGUCAGCUCUUGAUCUUUGCCCAAAACUCUCAAUGAGACCAAUCGGCAUAGAUGCUGGAACUUGGGGUGCUGCAACAACUCCUGGCAUGACAUGGUUUCCAUUAUAAACAGGGUUUACAGUUUGGUUCAAUGGCUCUCAGCACCCCCGCUAUACAAAUUGUUCCAGCAUCUCUCUUAGUGGGAACCCAGCACACAGAACCAGUAUAACAAGUGGCUGUAACAGUUACAAGUACACUUUUCAGAUGUGGUUGCCAAAAGUUGGCCUGCUAAAUCCAUAGUUAGGUAUCUAAAUAAGUGUCCUUUUUUUCCCAGAGGUACUGAGUACCCAGCAGCCCCCAGUGAAGGCAGCAAGACUCCUGGGUGCUCAGUAUUUUUGAAAAAUCAGGCCAUUUAUUAAAAUUGAUUAUUAAAAUCUGAUUAUUAAAAUCAGUGCCUAAGCUGACUUGGGAGCCUAACUUUAGACACCCAUGUUUGAAAAUCUUGGCCUACAUCAAGAAGUUCUUCAGGAGCUAUAUAGUACAUAUUCAGAAUAAAAUCCUGUCCUUACUCUCUGAAGUCAUGGAGGUGACAGAGUAGAAUAAUAUCACCACCUAGUAUGUCCCCCAGAUUAACCAAUGUGAACCAGGCCCCCUCUCCCACAUCUCAGAGGGACCCUACUACCAUCAGGGGAGGGAGGGAACACACACACCCUACAACAACUACAAACCAUCCAGCACCAAGAAGGGGGUGGGGCAUUACAUGGGCAUGAUCCUGCCUGCAUGCUGUGGCAAGAGCCAACACUUUAGAUUGGGACCCAGGCCAGCCUGCAGGACAGGAGUUGCUGUGGCGUGAACAUGGAGGAGGCUCCCUCUCCAACACCCCCAGGGGCAGGACCUGACAUUCCACACCCCACUGGGGGAACACACAGAGCUCCAGUUGCCAUACUGCAUAGGGCCCCAAAGUUCUUUCACCUAGCACUGCCCCCAACCAUCCAACAUACAUUUGAUAGGUCCUUCUGGUGCAGAGUGGAAUGGGUAAGGUUGAUCACUGGGGCUCUGGAGAACGUGGGGUGGGCCACAUCUUACUGCCCUUCUAAAAAGAAGCAGAAUGUACUCACUGCCUAGAGCCAGCUGCAUUACCCACUGGGCUAGUCAAGGGUCUGACUGUGUUUCCAAGACAAAAGAUCACGUCUGUGGGGCUAUAGUGUGCCAGCCAGGGUAGUUACUGCCUGCACGUCCCCAUCAUUGUUCCCGUCCCUGUCCCCCACACUGUCUUACGUUGCAGUCCUACCAUGCAAGCAAACAGUGGCUCCCACUCCCCUCACUAUCACACUUGUGCAGCACAGGGUUGGGCCCAAAUGUAAUAGAAAAUCCAAUAUCCAGUGCAAGAUGACUGGUAACAUUAUUUACUUAAUUAGAUCAUAAUCUGUGCUCUGGGGUAAUCUGUUUUUUGUAUU